AGAAGCGGGUAUCAUAAUUCAUCAGAGAAUAAAUUGUUAUGCUUGAAUCAAGUUUGUUUUGUCAAAUGUACUAUGAGUUGAAGCCUGAACGCAGGGCGUGCAUUAUAGCGAUCGACUUCUUGAAUUCCCCGCUGGUCCCUUACCAACAAUCCCAGAAUUCAAUGCGCAUGGUGUGUUACGGACGGGCUGGAUCGACGAAGCCGCCAAGGACUCUUCCAGUUGAAAAGAUGCACGUGUAUGGCGACAAGCGACUACUUUCAGCUCUCACUACAGUGCUAAUAUCUCUGCAUCCUGAAAAGCUAAGAAAAGAGAAGGACGUGGUCGAGGAAAAGCCCAAGUCAAAAGAUGACCUAAGGCAGCGGUUGGACUACAGUAAGAGGCUAGGAGACUAUGUGGUCAAAAACAUCUAUGAGAAGAAUCAGGACUACACUUUCAAAAAGAAAGGUGUUGAAGGUUGUCAUACACAGGCGUCGGGAGUUUUGUGGUGGCUAGGUGCUCCAAAAGCCUGACUUUCCAGGCCAGACAAUAAAACUGCAAUUGCACAGUACCGUUCAAGGUUUACAGGCUAGUAAACAAGUGUCGUUUGGAACUCUACUGUUUUCAUGGUCAUGUUUUCUCAUUUUUGUUAUGUUUUUUGUAGCAUACAUGCUUUAUAUGACAAAACUACAUGUAGUUUCUGUUUUGAACGUUUCAAAACUGCUGCUGCUAUUUCUCUUAGACACAAGAAAUGUGAAAAUGUAAAUAUUAAUUCAUGAACAUGCAACUUGAACAUGUUGGCAGUAGCCCAUAUACUUCAGGUCAAAUCCAGGUAGAUCCUGAUAUACUGAUUUUAUAUGACAGGCUAUAUUAUUAUGUUAAUAAGGACAAGUUCCCAUUGUAUAUCCAGUGGAUCAUUUUAUUCAUAAAUAUCCUGCCUACAUAUGUCAGAAACAAAUGCUGUUUUACAACAAUAUAUGUGUAUCCACCAAAGUUUUCCCUGCCUAUUUGUGAAAAUUACACAGAAAUGUAAUUGUAUAUUGAUAUGAUAUACAUGUCUUUCUUGCUGUAUAUCUAGUUCAAAGGAAUAUGAAAAUAAGGAUACUUAAUUUACUUCAAGGUUUCUAUUUGGCCUGUUGUAUAAAGCAUGGAUAGGUAGAUAAAUUUAUACAGGUGAGGUAGAUAGAUGUCCGCAUUUGGUUGAAUGCACCUGUUAUAGUGCAAAUAAUGUGGAAACUGUGUAACACUGUUAUCAAGAUUGUUUUAUCUUAGCAGUAAAGCCUCACCCUAAUUCUAAUUCUAACCCCAAGCUUAACAAGAAUGGAUAACCCUAACAGUAAAAACUCACUCUCUGGUUUAACGUCAGAUCAAUUUAGCAAUUGAACAUGUGGUGGCGAAAUAUCUUAACAGGAAAAUGUCCUAUGUAAUUAGUCUCAUCUUUAGAGGGAUAGGUCUGUCUUAUUUUGGUGACUGCACAGGCUGGAACCAUGCACCGCACUGAUCUCCCAAGAUGAUUCUUGUGGACCCAGCACGAAAACUGUCUGUACGCUGACAGUUGUAAGAUUCUGGGAGAAACAAAAAUGCAUGUAAAUUGUAAUGUUAUAUUUUUUUUGUAUUAAAAGAUUGCAACAAGUACACUG